AUGACUUCACUGACGGUUAGGAUUAGGAAAAGCACCUCCACCACUCCAACCACUCCUGUCACCACUCCAACCAUUGACGCCAGUUCUACAGCCACUGAAGCCACUUCUUCUGCCACCACAUCAACCACGCCUGACACCACUCGAACCUCUGCAACCAGCUCCACUUCAGUCACUCCAGACACCACUCCAACCAGCUCUACUGCCACUGAUGCCACCACUCCAAACACCCCUACCACCAGCCCAACAAAUCCAACCUCUGCUCUCAGCUCUGCUGCCACCAUUCAUGCCAGAACUCCAACCUCACCAGGACAGAAUCCUGCCACCACUCCAACCAUUGUAGUCAGCUCUAAUGCAAUCACCGCAACUACUCCUGUUACCACUGCUCUCACCAGUCCCACCACUCCAAGCAGCUCUACUGCCACUGAAACCACCUCUCCUGCCACCACUCCAGCCCCUCCUGACACCUCUCUAACCUCUGCAACCAGCUCCACUUCAGCCACCCCUAACACUACUCCAACAACUCAAACCUCUGAAAACAGCUCUACACUCACCACUAGUACGAAUCCUGCCAGCACCGCAAUCUCUGUAAUCAGCUCUACUGUCAACUCUCCAAGCACCACCGCAGCCAUUCCUGACACCACUCUAACCUCUGCAAGCAGCCCCCCUCCAACCACUCCUGCCCCAAUUCCAACAACUCCAAACUCUGCAGUCGUCACUCCUUCCACCACUCAUGUGAACUCUCCUACUACUGAAGCCAGCUCCACUGACACCACCCCAACCACAACCACUCCUGCCACCAUCCCAACCACUCCUGGCAACACCCCAAACACCAUCCCAAUCAUUCCUGAGACCAUCCCAACCACACCUGCCAACAACCCAACCACCAUCCCAACCAUUCCUGAGACCAACCCAACCACUCCUGCGACCACUCAAACCAUACCUGCCACCACCCCAACCAGCACUCCAAACACCACGCCAGCCACCACUACAAACACUACCCCAACCACCACUCCAAAUACUAACCCACCCACCUCAACCACCAUCCCAACCACUCCUACCAACACCCAGACCACCAUUCCAACCACUCCAACCACUACCCCAACCGCCACUCCAAAGACUACCCCAACCACCAUC